GCCAGGGCCGGGGCCGACUGCUCGGGGCUCUCAGGGAUGGAGACGGCGCCCGGGAGCGCCCCGCCGUCCUCCGCCGAGGCGUUGCGCUUGGCCCUGGCGGCUCCGGGGCUGCCGGACGGUCCUUUCGGUUGCCCCAUCUGCCUCGAUCUCCUGAAAGACCCGGUGACGGUACCGUGCGGGCACAACUUCUGCGAGGGCUGCCUGCGGGCGCUGCGCCAGCGGCCGGGCCCCCCCGACGGCAGCGGCGCGGCGGGCGGGGCGGUGCGCUGCCCGCUCUGCCAGGAGCCCGUCCCCGCAGCGUUGCGGCUCCGCAAGAACCGCGCCCUUUGCGAGGUGCUGCCCUUGUUGGCUGCCGCCGCCGCUUCGUCCCCCCCGUCCCCGGCCGCCUCGUCCCCCAUGGCCCCGGGAGCCGAGAAGGAAGAGCAGGAGGAGGAGGAUGCUGCGGGGGAGGAAGGAGCGGCGGUGCUGUGCGACGUGUGCCCGGCGGGCUCGAGGGUAGCGGCGACGCGAUCGUGCCUGGUUUGCUUGGCCUCUUUCUGCGAAGCCCACCUGGAACCGCACCGCCGCGCCCCCGCGUUCCGCGCACACCGCCUGGUCGCGCCGCUGCGGCGGCUGGAGGAGGGUCUCUGCCCGCGGCACCUCCAGCCCCUCGACGGCUUCUGCCGAGCCGAGCAGACCUGCGUCUGUGCCCGCUGCCGCGCACACGAGCAUCGCGCCCACGACGUGGUGCCCCUCGAGCGGGAGCGGGAGCUCAAGGAGGCCCAACAAGCCAAAUUCCUCAGCGAUGUGGAGAAUGAGCUGGAGGAGCUGGCGGUCACCAUCGCACAGGCCAAGAAGAUGGUGGAGCUCAUUAAGGGUGCUGCUGCAAAGGAGAGGGAAAGAGUUGAGAAGUUCUUUGCAGAAGCCUCCAAGGUGCUGGCAACCUUCCAGAAAGAGGUGACUGGUUUCAUCGAGGAUGGGGAGCGCUCCAUGCUGGGAGAGGCCGAGGCUGAUCUGCGCUGGAAGGAGGAGAGACGAGCCAAGCUGGCCCAGUGCAAGCAAAACCUGGAGAACGUCCCCAGCACUGACACCAUCUACUUCCUCCAGGAAUUUCAGGCCUUAAAAGUAGCCAUGGAAGAAAACGUCUCCCCAGCUCUGAGCUUCCAGAAUGAGCUGAACUUCACCAGAUGCACCCAAGCUGUGUGUGCCGUGAAGGACGCGCUGGCUGCUGCCUGCAAAAACCAGUGGGACCACUUGCAGGGGAAAGGCAUCGAUGGGCUGAGUUUCCAGGAGAUGGAAGAAGCAUUGUCUGAGUCCCGUUUUCCAGACAAGUCCAACAAUCCUGCGUACCUGGAGAGCCGUGACUACUUCCUGAAAUUUGCCUUCAUCAUCGACCUGGACAGUGACACAGCUGACAAGUUCAUCCAGCUGUUUGGCACCAAAGGGGCCAAGCGGGUGCUGUGCCCCAUCCCCUACCCAGAGAGCCCGACCCGCUUCAUCAACUGCGAGCAGGUGCUGGGUGUGAACCUCAUGAACCGGGGCAACUACUACUGGGAGGUGGAGAUCAUCGACGGGUGGGUGAGCAUCGGGGUCAUCGCGGAGGACUUCGACCCGCGGGGCUCCUACAACCACGGGCGCCUGGGCCGGAACGAGAGGUCCUGCUGCCUGCAGUGGAACGGAGAGAACUACGUGGCCUGGUUCGGUGGCUUUGAGUCUGUCAUCCAGCAGCCAUUCUUCCACACAAUCGGGGUCUUCCUGGAGUAUUCAGAGAAGGCCCUGACCUUCUACGGAGUCAAGGACUCCAAGAUGACCUGCCUGCAGCAGUUCAAGGUCUCUCAUUUUGCCAAGGGUCAGUUUGACCCAUUCCAGAACAAGAUCAACCACCAAUUUGCCUCCCUUUUCUUGUGCAAGCUGAAACCAGCUUUCUUCCUGGAGAGUGUUGAUGCCCACCUGCAGAUCGGGCCGCUGAAGAAAGAUUGUGUGUCGGUGCUGAAGCGCAGGUAACUGCUCAGAGAGGGCAGGCCCAGUCAAGCCUCUCCUGCAGCGGAUUCCUGCCAUCACAGCUUCUCCUUGGCAGCCUUGUGUUUCUCUGUGGCAGCCCUCCCUCCUCGUUCUGUGCUGUUGUUGGUGGCCCAGGGGUGGAUGAAGCCGUCUGACGGGCAGAGCCACGGGCUGGGAGCCAGGAGAGAGCUGGAUCCCAGUGCCUCCUCCCUUGCUGGGCUGCUGAGCUAACUUGGGCGAGUCUCUGUGCUUCUCCUUGCCCAUCUGUUUCCCUUUCUGGACAUCAAGGACUAUGAAACAGCCUUUCUUGGUAAAGUGCAUUGCUCAGGACAAGUGCCACAUAAAUUUGAAGCAGUAUCUUGGCCAGCUGCCGGGCUGCCUGGUCCCUCUCCCUAAUAUCUGCUCACACUGCCCUGGUGACUUGCACAGAUCAUAGAAUUAUGGAAUAGUAAGUGUUGGAAGGGAUCUCUAGAGCUCCUCCAGCCCAAGCCCCUGCUAAAGUAGAUUCCCCUCGAGCAGGGGGCACAGGAACGUGUCCAGGUGGGUUUGGAAACCUUCCGAGAAGGAGCCUCCACACUCGCCCUGGGCAGCCUGGGCCAGGGCUCCCUCACCUCAGCACCAAAGGAGCUUCUCCUUGUGUUCCAGUGGAACUGUUUAUGUUCCAGCUCAUGUCCAUUACCCCUUGUCCUGUCACUGUAGAAACAGGAAAGUGUCACCCCCUCCUCCUGACACCCACCCUUUAGGUGCUUAGAAGUGCUGAUGAGUUCCCCCCUCAGCCUUCUCCAGGCUGAACAGCCCCAGGUCCCACAGCCUUUCCUAAUAAGAAAGAUGUUCUAGUCCCCUGAUCAUCUUGGUAGCCCUAAAUGCUCUACUUUGUGCCUUAUCUCAGUCUCUGUGUCACUGCUGCUGCUUUAAAGUGCUGGCUCAUUGACACCUUCCAAGUGCUCCUUAGGAAGUGCCUCUGAAGUAGCAAACCCAGCCCAGGCUGGGCCAUCUCCACAGCAGAUGUGGAGGCUUCUCCUGUGUCACAUCACUGCAGUGCCUUGGCGAAGGAGGGCAGGGUGCUGCAGGGCCAGGGGGAUGCAGAGGAGCCCACCCAGGUGCAGGGGCCCUGCAGUACCUGUCCUGCCACGCCUCACCCUCUGUUAGUGCUGCAAAAGGGACGUGAGGACCGUGUCCCUCGCUCAAAGGCUGCUUUGUGGCCAGACUCAUUUGGGAAAAGCCAUGUCCCCACCACAGGCAAAAAUCCCAGCUGGGAGAGGGGAGAAAGUUCCUGCCUAGAUGCGGCAGCACCAUUCUUUGCUUGAGAUGGCAAAGCCAGUGGCUCGUAACAGUUCUGAGGAUGUGAUUUUAGUAACUGUUCCUCAGGAACUGCUUGCCAAAGCUUUAUCAGCCAGAUUUUCCCCUGCAUUUUUGAUGACCUUACUAUAUUAAGGCUUUUUAAUACUGUUAAAAUCCCAGUUUUUAAAGUAUCCUGGGCAGACUUGAGCUGUAUAUGUACCCCUUAGCUGAGAGAGAGUGUUUUUAAGUGCCAAAGGGGUGCUGAGAAUACAUCCCAGGGGCACAUGAUGCGUUUUAGGGAGAGCUGUGAGUGCAUCAAUAAGAGGUGCAGCAUCAAUCAAUUACAACAUAACGUUUUAGACUCUGCCAAUGAGUAACAAUUAACAAAAAACUACUUUCAAGCAAGUGCCCUGACUGGGAAUGGUGGAAACUUGAGGCUAAGAGCCAAAACUGCCAGUUCACGUGUCCUAAGGGAGCUUUUCCAGAAGGCAAAUACAGAAGUGCUGCCUGUGAGGGCAGGACAGUGCAGCCCCUGUCUCAGCACAGUAUGACUUACCACAAGUUUAUUUUUCCUGGGAUUAGUUUGCUACCUACCUCCCAAAGCUUGCUUAACAGGACCAUAGUGCUCUGUAAUAUAUACCUAGAGAGGAAAUGUAUUGGGUCAGGUCUGGUUGGCGUGAGUGAGUCAGUGACGACACAUCAGCGCUCAACAGGGAUGGAAACCGGCCCAUUUAGCUAAAUGUAUGAAAUAUAGAGAUAUAUAUUCCCUAAAGGAUAAGCUGGAAAGCAUAGUGGUAUAUUCAAAGGGAGCCAGUGGAAAAAAAAAUGAAUGUGAAUAAAAAAGCAGCCACAAAUCCCAAAGGUUUAAAGUUAAAGCCACGUUUACAUAAACACUGAGGCUUAAAGAGCUCCUUUACUGUAACUCCUUGGCCAGCACUGCCAGUUCCUGCUGGUCCCCAGCAAAUGGCCACUCGUGGGCUCUGCUUGGAGGGGCUGAAGGGCCCAAAUGCAGCCCCUCCUGCCCAGGGCAGGGCUGGUGAGAUGGUGUGGGAGGGUGACUGCUGGGAUGUGUUUGCAAAUCCUUUCUCCUCCUCCUCCUCCUCCUCGUGCAGCGGUGGUUGGAAAAGGGGAGGUGGGGCUUCCAGACGGAAAUCUUGGGAUGAAAUCUUGGCCUUUCCCAGUCAGUGGGAAUGCUGCCUGGACUUCUGUCCAGAUGAAAAGUCACUCCCUGUGUCCUGAGCUCCUGCCUCAAAACCUCUUUGUUUCACUCGAGCCAGUCGCUCUGCAGCACAACUCGGCCUUUGUGUGAGAUGUCAGUGGUGACACUGCACAGUGCUGACACAGCAGGGAACUCCCUAUCACAAAUGCCUUUCCAGAUAAGAAGGGUAGAGACGUGCAACAAGCCACAUGUGGUCACGUCCCAAGAGCUAGUUUAACCUUGAUCUCUGCUGUAUGCCCACAGGGAGAGAUCUCACACGUGAGAUCCUGUCUCGGCUCGGCUGGCCCUUAAGUCUCAUUUCACAAAACAAUAAAAUCAUUUGUUUGGAAAAGA